UUUUCCUCUCCAUGCGGUUGUAAAACCUAAUCAACUUUAUUAGCGCCAACAAUUCCCAAUGAGAACGAAUCAUCGAUAAGCACAACUCUAUAUAAUUCGGAACGCGAUCCUUAGAAUUAGUUGCAUCAUGACACCCGACUACCACUUCACCUCUACCCAAGAUUGGUUCUCAGGCCACAUCCCAGAAUGGCGGACAUUCUUCUGCCAUAUAGAGUCCCUACGUCCACGCGUGUUGGAAAUUGGGGCCUGGGAAGGCCGUUCAGCUGUCUUCCUUCUCACAGAGCUGUGCAAAGACGGUGGGGAGCUCGUCACCAUCGACCACUUUGAUCUAAUGCAAACGGCUGAUGGGCGAGCUCGACAUGAAAAGGUGCUAUACAACCUCCGCCUCACGGGCAAGAAUUUCCGUAUCCUAGACCAGUUCAGUGUCCCAGGGCUUAUGCAGCUCCUACGCGAGGAGGUGGCUGCCAUGGAGCCUGGGUUCGAUUGGAUCUACGUCGACGGCUCGCAUCGAGCAGAUGAUACCUUUUUGGACGGGGAACUGGUAUGGCGGUUGGCGAGGAAAGGGGCCGUGAUCGUGUUCGAUGAUUACGAGUGGGGGAAGGAGGCUAAAGAUAAUGUGGAGCAUCCGAAGAGAGGCAUCGACGGCUUUCUGCGACUUCAUGAUGGCGAAUACGAGCGUCUGUCAAAGCCCGGUGAUUACCAGAUGAUCAUUCGCAAGGUGAUGGAAAUGCGAAUUGGUUUUUUGCUGGAUGGCACGAGCAAUGGGAGAGCUCUCGAAGACGUCCUUGGAUAUGGCAUAAACCUUGCCAUCGUUGCUGAUUCCGAAUAUGCCAUGGCGGCGUCAGUUGCAAUACGAACUGCCGUGAAGAAUGUCGCUGGACGAUGCACUGUAUACAUCUAUGACUGUGGUCUGACGGAGGAGGAUAAGUCACGAAUCAGUUAUUCGAUCCCGACGGAGUCAAGGAUCACCCACGUUUUCAUUCCCCAACACAUUGACGACCUGUCUUUCAAAACAAGUCCUACGUGGGCGAAGCUCGAUCUCAUGAAACGGCUCCCCGUUGAGCGAGCUCUAUACCUCGACUCUGAUACACUCGUUCGUGGCCCUCUCCUUCCUUUAUGGAACACCGAUUUGCAGGGGAAGUCACUCGGAGCAGUGCUGGAUGUUGGUUUCCCCAAAGGGCACGAAACCAUCACUGUGAAAGAGGGCUAUUUUAAUGCUGGUGUCCUGCUACUCGACCUAGCCAAAAUCCGACUCCGUCUCCCCCAGAUGCCCCAGCUGACGCCGGAAACCGCAUUCAAAGACCAAGAUUACCUUAACCUUCACUUUGAGGGCGACUGGAUAACCUUUCCCCUGCGUUACAAUGCACAGGGAUUGGGUACGUAUGCCAAGAUUUCCACACCGGAGAGGAAUGCCGCGUUUGCUGCGGCAGACUUUGAAGAUCCGGUAAUUGUGCAUUUCACCGGGCCCGUGAGUCCCCCAAUGGCUAUCGUCCUGAAUCCAUGGGUUCAGCCGUAUACUGCCAAACCGUGGGGAUAUGCGGGAGCCCCGGGUCAUCCAUACGCUAAAGAGUGGUGGGAUACGUUGAAGGAGACAGCAUGGAAGGGAAUUCGAGAAAGUGAGGAUUUUCGGAGGCGUUUAGCGAGCGACGUGAUAAAAGUUCGAGAUGAGGGAGGGAAGGAAUUCGAAAGGUUGCUCGCUGCCAGUCAUCAAUUAGAUUCAAAGUAAAAGAAUUUCAAUAUACACGUUUUGCGCUUCACACUUAACGUUCCUUCGAACUUGGAACAGCAUCCUAUAGAGAAUUCCAUUUCUUGCGGGCCAUAUUUCCACAGGACUCUUCACAGGUCAAGCCUCUUUCAAGUUUCCUCGUUGAACACUUCCUUCCACUCAACUGUGAGUCAUUUCGGCAUUUCACGGUAAUCUCUAUCGUAUCUAUACCUCUCGGAAUGCAACUCUCAGUGUUCAGACCUGGACCCCAAACUGAGAAUUUCUCUCCAAAUUCGAUUGUUCGUCACAAGUCUUAAAUACUACCAAGGCACCGAAGGAAAUGGUCACCAUUACAGGGAAUCAGUAGAUAUAUAAGAUAUACCUUCCGAGGUUGAGCAUCGUGUUGUUUCAUGAGAAUAUCAACCGCCAUUCUUUCCAGGUCCUUUGGUG